UCCCGCCAUUUCCACAAACACUCGAGCUCACACUUCCUCAAAUCCUCCAACACCUCGAUCCAUUCGCAGUAGCUGCGAGGUGUCUGACAUGGCGUCGGGGCAGAAGGUGGUGAAGCCGAUGGAGGUGUCGGUGGAGGCCGGGAACGCCGGGGAGGCGGCGUGGCUGGACGACGACGGGCGGGCGCGGCGGACGGGCACGUUCUGGACGGCGAGCGCGCACAUCAUCACCGCCGUCAUCGGCUCCGGCGUGCUGUCGCUGGCGUGGGCGAUCGCGCAGCUGGGCUGGGUGGCCGGCCCCGCCGUGAUGCUCCUCUUCGCCUUCGUCAUCUACUACACCUCCACCCUCCUCGCCGAGUGCUACCGCACCGGCGACCCUGCCACCGGCAAGCGCAACUACACCUACAUGGACGCCGUGCGCGCCAACCUCGGCGGCGCCAAGGUCACCUUCUGCGGCGUCAUCCAGUACGCCAACCUCGUCGGCGUCGCCAUCGGCUACACCAUCGCGUCGUCCAUCAGCAUGCGCGCCAUCAGGAGGGCCGGCUGCUUCCACCACAACGGCCAUGGUGACCCGUGCCGCAGCUCCAGCAACCCUUACAUGAUCCUCUUCGGCGCCGUGCAGAUCGUCUUCUCGCAGAUCCCUGACUUCGACCAGAUUUGGUGGCUGUCCAUCGUCGCCGCCGUCAUGUCCUUCACCUACUCCGGCAUCGGCCUCUCCCUCGGCAUCGUCCAGACAAUCUCCAAUGGCGGGAUCCAGGGCAGCCUCACCGGAAUCAGCAUCGGCGUCGGCGUCAGCUCAACGCAGAAGGUGUGGCGCAGCCUGCAGGCAUUCGGCGACAUCGCCUUCGCAUACUCCUUCUCCAACAUCCUCAUCGAGAUCCAAGACACGAUCAAGGCGCCGCCGCCGUCGGAGGCGAAGGUGAUGAAGAGCGCGACGAGGCUGAGCGUGGCGACGACCACGGUGUUCUACAUGCUGUGCGGGUGCAUGGGCUACGCGGCGUUCGGCGACGCGGCGCCCGACAACCUCCUCACCGGCUUCGGGUUCUACGAGCCCUUCUGGCUGCUCGACGUCGCCAACGUCGCCAUCGUCGUGCACCUCGUCGGCGCCUACCAGGUGUUCGUCCAGCCAAUCUUCGCCUUCGUCGAGCGCUGGGCCUCCCGCCGGUGGCCGGACAGCGCGUUCAUCGCCAAGGAGCUCCGCGUGGGGCCCUUCGCGCUCAGCCUCUUCCGCCUGACGUGGCGCUCGGCGUUCGUCUGCCUCACCACCGUCGUCGCCAUGCUCCUCCCCUUCUUCGGCAACGUGGUGGGUCUCCUCGGCGCCGUCUCCUUCUGGCCGCUCACCGUCUACUUCCCCGUCGAGAUGUACAUCGCGCAGCGCGGCGUGCCACGUGGCAGCGCGAGGUGGGUCUCACUCAAGACGCUCAGCGCGUGCUGCCUCGUCGUCUCCAUCGCCGCCGCCGCGGGCUCCAUUGCUGACGUCAUCGACGCGCUCAAGGUGUACAGGCCGUUCAGCGGAUGAUUCUUCUGAUUCUCUCUUGCUGCUUUGAGCAGAGCAUCCACUGGUAAAAAGUGGACAGUAAUUUUCUUUUUUUACAGUCUAUGGACGUAGUACAGUAAAAAAGUGUGUACAACUGUACAAGGGAGCAGUAGAAUCCUUGCAGGGGUAAAAUACUGAGAUGUAACUACUGAGCAUUUUGUAGCGCUCAAACAGGUACAGAGGGGAAAAAAUUGAACCCAGAUUGUAUGGAGGUUGGCGUAAUAUAAUUGAGCCGCAGCCAAAAAAUGAAAUUCAGAAUUUACUGGUUACUGAAGCAAAAUAUUUGCGUUUUCGUUUA